CAUACAUGGCCUUGAAAAGGGGGCGUCUGGAGCCUGAUUCCAUAAUCGCAGUUCUCAGUUUGUGCUGUCAUAUUGCUGUCAGUUAUUGCAGUGGACGUAUUUGUGUGCUAAAUUUGUUCGUUACCGGUCGACAUUUGCGUGAGUCUUGUCAGUCUUCUGUAAAAUCAUAGUUCUUGUUAAAAUGGCUGAUCGCAACGUAAACCGUAACAAUAACAGGACCAGUCCAUACAAGAAGGUACUAGAAAGGAAUGCUAGUUACUUCGGGUACAUCAGCACCUCAAGCUUACAGCCGAACAAGGCUUAUAAGAUUGUCAAAUUAAUCCACACUAAUCAUGUAAGCUACGGCGAGGGGGAAUUGGCCUUUGUUUUGGGAGGAAAAGGGGAGAGGUGGAAGACGCAGUUACCGUCAAAGUACCUGUCCACAUUCAUGCCGGAAGACAUAGAAAUUGUAAGGUCUGAUGUGCUGGGUAACAAAAACCCCUAUCUAGUGUUCAGACAGGUACUAGCGGACAAAUCUUUUAAAAUUGACUUCAUUGAAAAAGAUUCCGAUCUCAUUCCCAAUAUCAACACUUUACAUGAUCAGUGGAAGGAUGUGCCAGCUCUCCCUGAACCAGGUAAAUAG